UGUUCCAACACAGAAAGAUCAAGAAAAUGUUGCUCACUGUCAAAACUGCAAGAUUUCUACUUGUAUUUUUCUUGGUUGCUGCUAGUCUUUCAACAGCCUACUUGGUUCAUGGUCGAGACCAUUGUGCAGAUGAAGAAUGCAAUUUUCCAGUCACAGAAAGAAAGGUGAUGCAAACUAUUCGAAGCAAGAUGGCAUCGGAUGAUUACAGUUUGAUGAAGAUGGAGAUGAUGAAGGAAAAAUUCGAAAGAUCGAAAUAUACAAGAAAAUCAAGAAUGAUGAUGCCCAAAGAAAAUUAUCGUGCUAGUUUUGUUGCCUUCAAUGCAGAUUAUAAAGGACCGAGGCGUCAUCCACCCAAGAAUAACUAAGCAAGAAAAGAAAACAACUUAUUUCUUCUUCUUCUUCUACUUUCGUUUUUCAAUGUCUUUAUAAUUUUGAACAUGUUGUUCCUAUAUAUAACUAAGUAUUUUUCCUAACUAAGGAAAUUAACUCCUAGUUUUGCCAGUGCUCACUUUGUACACUUCUAUAUAUGUAAGGUGCUUAUCAUGUAGUAUCAAGAAAAUUUUGUUGUCCUCUUGCUAA